AUGAAGUUUGAUGUGGUGCGAAUUAGUGUUCUGUUUGGAGGGAUGUUAUGUAGUUCUGUAAUAGAGAAGAUUGGGGAGGGCCCGAUAAUAGAGGAUGAUAGAAAGGAUAUCAUAGUGUUUCCUAUGAUUUUCUUUGGGAAUGAUGUGGUUGUGCUGCCGACGACGAGAUUCAAGGAUCUGAGUCGAGAUGUGGCUAAGGAGAGAUAUGCCAUGAAUUUUAUGAACCAUGUUUCUGAUAUGAUACUGUUACUUAUGAUUCCCGAUAUGGGUGGGGGCGAGAGGGUUGAUGAGAUAUUUUCGAAGAUAUUGUCGAAUGUUAUGGGGGAGCGACUGAGGAAGAUAUCUGAGGAUGUAUUAAGUGUAUAUAAAAGAGGGAAGAACACGUUCAAGGAGAUUGUGAUGAUGGUGUGCAGUAGAUUGCUUGAGUGCGGCGGGAAGAAGGAGGAGAGUAGGAUGAUGACGGUACUUGGGAAGCGUCUUAUCUGUGAAGGCGAUAGGGUGAUUCGGGAGAUGAGCGAUGGGAUGAGUGUUGAAGAAAGGAACGAAAGAAAGGCUUUUUGUGAUAUGAUCAAGAGGUAUGGAGAGAAGUGUUGCGAUGUGAAGAGGUGGAAACGAGUGAUGCGUGCAGAGAGUAUAGUGUGUGAUGGGUUUGCGAGUGUGUAUGGUAAGCUUUUGCCUGAGGAGAUUUUGGGGCUAUUGGGCGAAGGGUACUGUAGGAAGACUCUUAAGGCAAAGGGGCUUAGCGGGGAGAAGCUCGAUUCAAAAGGAUAUAUGGAAUAUGGUAUUCUUGACACUGAAUUACUUCUGAGUGCGUAUGACGAGCAUGGGCAUGAGGUUGUUGAAGAGAUAGUUAAGCAGAUGAUGAUGGGGAAGGAUGGAAGGGAGAUUGACUCUGAGUAUGUUGAGAAGAUUGCACAGGUUGUUGAUGAGAGGAGAAGAAGGGAAGAGAGGGAAGCCAGCGAGCAUGCGGAUAAGCUGUUAGAGGAGGAGUUGUUGGGUAAGAAGAGUGUGAGGAAGGCGAAGGCGAAGAAAGGAAAAAGGUCUAAGAAGAGCUUGGGAGGGAUGGAGGAAGAGGCUGAGUCCCCUGAGCCUCGUGAUGAAGAGUUGGCAGGUGCAGUAGGUGGACUAUCUAUUGAACAUCAAGAACACAAGAAGGGUAUCAAUCAUUAUAGAAUACACAAGAGGGUUCUUGUAUGGAUGAGGGAUGUAAGUAGCAUCAAGAGGGCACUAGACAGAGGAAAGGAAGAGAAAUGGAAGGGCAAAAGCAUGAAUGAUAUAGAGAGGCAGAAGAUAACACACGACAUAGUUGAGGUUGUGCGACUACUUAGAAGUGAAGAUAGGGAUAGAUUCUUUAUGCCUGGGGAAUCAUGGGUAGAGAAUGAUGUGCCUCGACAUAGAAAAGUGGCUGUUGGGGUGCUCGAGAUAGCGGGAGAAAGGAUGACUGGGAUAGUAGAAGCUAGUAGUUACAAGGAUAAGGAUGGGAGUGAUGUUAUAUACCAUCUGAUGUUCCGAAGAACAAAUGUAAAAGAGAUUGGAGGAGUGGUAAGUCAAGGAGAAGAUUUUUCGAGGAAGAUGGAGAGCACCAGUUGUGGAGAGUUUUCUGAGAGCAAGGAUGGGAGUGGGUUUUUGUAUGGGAAGGGGAUGCGGUGUGAAGUGUGGCAUGACUUUGAUAAGUUUGUUGUAACGUAG